AGGAGAGAGAUGGAGGAGGAGAGAAGGGAUGAUUAGUGAGGAAAAAUUCAUACAGAGGGAGAAAGGAAGAGGGGUGGAAGAAGGCAAGGAGAGGGAAGUAUUAGAGAGUGACAGAAGGAAGGGCUUGGAGGGAGAGUGGGAAGGUCUAGAGAGGGGGCAAUGUGAAGUUACAGAUUUAGAGGGAAGGAGUCCAGAGGGAGAGAAAGAAGGAAAGUGGGAGAGGUUAGAGAUACAGAGGGAAGAGGAGAGAGUGGGAGUGGAAGGAGAGAGAAAAAGAACAAACUGGUGAGAGAGGUUGGAGAUGGAGGAUGAAGGGGGUGGAUAGUGAAAGUGAAAGUGAAACGGAGGAUUUGCGAAAGGCGAGUAAGACCAGGAGCAGGAGUCGGUUAUAGAGGGGACGGCGUGAGGCUCGAUCAGACCCUCUGGGAGCUGGUACCCGGGUUCCGCUCCAGCCUCUGAGGAGACCCCAGCUCUCCUACUUCGGCCACGGCGGGUUUUGGAAUCCCAGGGAACUGCAGGCGGAUGGAGAGAAGGAAUUCUCCGCCGGUCGCUGGGAAUCCGGGGUGACCAAAACUGUGCACAGCAGUGCGGCCUCACUAAUAACUUAUACAACUGCAACAUAAAGUCCAAACUUCUUUACUCACUGCCCAGCUCGAUGAAUGCCAGCGUGCCUAAUGCCUUGCUACCUGUGACACUGCUUUGAAUGCUUUGUGUGGCUGGUUCUCACCUUGUCGCUCUCUGUAACCAUUGGCCAUCACUGCCCAAGUAGUUUGCAGCAUGUUAUGGCAGCAGUUCAGAAGACCGACCUUAUAAAGUCAUUCCCCAAGGACUACAAAGUGAACGUCCACGUAAUUUCCAGUGACUUGAAUGCCACAGCCUGUGCCUACACAGUACUGGCCCUGCUCAAGGGAGACUGGCAAGCCCUGAGGAAGAACCUCUGGGAGGGGCAGUCGAACCGGAGGACGAUCGAUUGGAUACUGAUAGGACUGAACGAUCUGAAUUUGACGGAAAAGAACGUAAGCUGUGUAUGGCAGGAGCCAGUCUCGAAGCUGAUUACUGUCACUCUGCAGGCCCUUGACCUGCUCAAGAGUUCCCACUGCACCCCCUGCAACAACUGGGCUCACCGCUGGUGCCCCCGGGUCAGGGCAGUCACAGGGGACGAUGUUCAUCGGAUGCCUCUGGCCAAACCGUUCCUGUCAGAUGACCGUGCCGGGACGAAGAUUGACGUAGAAGGCAUCAGACCGAGGAGCACUGGCCCCAGCCGCCACACCUCUGGCUCUGAGAAGGUUGAAGAAGAGCAUGGCCUAUCCCGGAACCCCUCAAUGACACCCACCUCCCACAGUGGCAACGGCACGCUCUGUACCUUCGGUCACGGGUGUCCCUCCAUGUCACUCAAAUGGCAGCAUAUCUGCCGGAAGUUAUCCCAGCUGGUCAAGGAACAGGUGCGGCAGGGGCUCCAGCGGAUGGGCCAAGGGAAGAAGGGACGUCCUGCUGCCCACCGCGGGAGGGAGUAGACAAGUCAGGGUUGGCUCGGGGAUGUGUGACCUCGGGGGUGUGGGUCAGCAAGCUGUGAUUAGGGUCUCUGCCCUGCUAAAUGUGCCCUGCUUAAGACCCAUUCAUCACCACCACCCUCUCUGUGGCUCCUUAACAUCUCUAUUUGAUCCCUAGCCCCUUGCCCCACCUCCCAACAUCCUCCCCACACCUCGCUGCCCAUGAACCCUUUGUCCCUGCUCCAGCCUCUCACCUACUGAUGCGCCUUCACCGCUCAUCCUGCCCAUUAGCCCCUUGCCGUUACUCCUCUUCCGAUCCCAUUAAACCCUUGCCCUGCCCUUCACCUUUCCUUGCCACCUUAGCCUCACUCGCCACCCCAUUCACCCUUCUCCCCGUCCUUUCAGUCCUCUCCCCACCCAUUUGCCUUUCUCUCCACCCCUUCACCUCUCUCCCUGCCCCUUCACCCUCCCCAGCCCCUUCGCCCCUCUCCCCAGUCCUUCAUCCCUCUCCAUGCCCUUUCACCCCCUCCUCCUCCCUUCAGCCCUCGCCAUGCACCUUCAGCCCUCUCCCCACCCCUUCACCUCUCUCCGUGCACCUUCAACCCUCAGCUCCUGCUUUAACCUGUUGACCAGCCAGAGCUCUCAUCAUUUCACUAUUUUAAUCCCUCUGGGUGAGAGCAAUCCUCUCUGCACCCUUCCCACGGUGCUGCCUCGCACAUUAGGAAGAAGGUCGAAUACUUCUCUAACAGCCCCCACCCCCACACCACCACUACUUAUCUGCAGCAUUUCCUUGUGAAUCUCACAACGAGAAGGAAACACCACAAAUGAGGGGAGGUGACCAGUGAACAGGAGCAGACGCACAGAGAGAGAGAGAGAGGGACACACACACACACACACAAUGACAGACACAGGGAGAAGUGUACCCUGUACGGUGAGACACAGGAAGACAAUCACAUACAGUGAGAUAGCUAGAGAGAAAGAGAGAAGCAGACACAGUAGACACAUAGAGGGAGAUACACAGUGAGAUAGGGCAGUAUGUUGGCGCAGUGGUUAGCACAAUGCGCUACACAGUACAGGGUGGCCCGGGUUUAAUUCCCGCCGCUGCCUCUGAGGAGUUUAUAAUCCUCGUGACGAGGCAGUGAGGGGCAGGGAACCGGCUUUCAGGGGUGUGCCUUUGUGACUCCAGUGAGGCAGAUUGUUACACCAACAUUCCCUUCCCUGACUUAUCUCAGUCGAGGGCCCCAGCCAUGAGGGCACCCACCUCUCGACACAGUUCCUACCAUAGGAACCUCACCGAUGGUUUCGCUGCUUCAGGCCAGUCCAUUUUGGAAACAUAUAUGUCUGUGUUUGUGCUGAGCCUUUUGAAGAGCUGUGGUCACAGGUUGCAAUUGUGAUGCAAUGUCUUGCGAGUUUACAUUCCUGUAUGCGAAAUUUAAAAUAAAUAUUAACUACUCUCUGAGGUGGAGUCUGUCACUGUAACAAUGCAAUAUAGAGAAAGGGUGAGAGAGGGGGG